GCAGAUCGCGUAAGAGGAGGAGAGAGGGAAGGUGCCUCCUCGCUCCAUCACCACCACCACCACCACCACCAUCAUCAUCAUCAUCAUCAUCCCCGUCGUUGUCUCUCCUCGUUGAGUCCACGUCGGUGACGGUGAUGCUGCGCUAACACAGCGGAGGGAGAAGCGCCGGAGCGCGGGUGGGAUUUUUUUUUUAACUUGAAAAAAGGCGGACGAAACCUUUAUAUGUUUGGAUUCCGGCUCUAUUCCCCUUCGCCAAUGCAACAGGAAAUAUGCAGCGAAGCUUCACCAUCCUUUACACCAGUUUACUGGGGAUGUGCUUGGCUUCAAGCGCAAGUUUCCCAAGUAACAUCAAUAUAGGAGGAUUGUUCCCCACCGAGUCCCAUGAAUAUGAAGUGUUUCGCUUCGCCCUCUCUCACCACCAAGACAUUCCCAAACUGGUGCCGCAGGUCGAUAUGGUCAAGAUGGGCAACAGCUUUUCCAUGACAUAUGCAUUCUGCUCCCAGUUCUCCAAAGGCGUGUAUGCCAUCAUCGGCUUGUACGACAGGAAGACGGUCAACAUGCUUAUGUCGUUCUGCGGCGCCCUGCAUGUCUGCUUCGUAACGCCAUCCUUCCCCAUCGAGACGGCCAACCAGUUUGUCAUUCAGCUGAGGCCGGAGCUGCAGGACGCUCUCGUGGGUCUAAUUGAAUACUACGGAUGGACCAAGUUUGUCUACAUGUACAGCUCAGACUCAGGUCUGUCUGUGCUGCAGAAGGUUCUGGACACAGCAGCAGAGAGGAACUGGCUGGUGACAUCAGUCAACGUGGAGACCAUGACUGAGGCAUCGUUCUUGAAAGUGUUCCAGGAUUUGGACAAGAGGAAGGAGGGACAGAUUAUCAUCGACUGUGAGACAGAGCGGCUUACCGGCAUCCUUAAAAAGAUUGUGGAGCAAGGCAAGAAUGCAAAGAGUUACCACUACAUCUUGGCUAACCUGGGUUUCCUGGACAUUGACCUGACAGACCUACGGAAGGGUGGCGCCAACAUCACCGGCUUCCAGCUCGUCAACAACUCGGAGCCCGGCGUCAGUCGAGUUGUCCAGCAAUGGAUGGAGUUUGACAACAAAGAUUCCAAAGUGCCCAAGAAUCGACUCAAAUACACUGGAGCUCUGACAUACGAUGGCGUAAAAGUCAUGUCAACAGCGUUCCAGAACUUAAGGAGACAACGAAUAGACAUCUCGCGCAGAGGAAACGCUGGAGAAUGUCUUGCUAACCCACCAGCUCCCUGGGGUCAGGGCAUAGACAUCCAGAGAGCCUUGCAGCAGGUUCGUAUAGAAGGACUGACUGGCCAUAUUCAGUUCAACGAGAAAGGCCGUAGAACCAACUACACUGUUAGUGUCAUGGAACUGGCUCCAUCAGGACCCAAAAAGGUUGGCUACUGGAAUGAAGAUGAGAAGUAUGUGACCACCGCAACGUUUAUGAGAGGCAGCAAUGAGACUUAUGGCCUUCAGAACCGAACUUACAUUGUCACUACUAUUUUGGAGUCUCCAUAUGUGAUGCUGAAGAAAAACCAUGAGCAGCUUGUCGGGAAUGAUAAGUAUGAGGGCUACAUUGUGGAGCUGGCUGCAGAGAUAGCAAAACAUGUUGGCUACCAGUACAAACUGAAGAUUGUUUCAGACGGCAAAUAUGGAGCCAGAGACCCUGAAACCAAGAUGUGGAACGGCAUGGUCGGAGAACUUGUGUAUGGGAAAGCCGAUGUGGCUGUGGCUCCUUUAACCAUCACCUUGGUCCGUGAGGAAGUCAUCGACUUCUCCAAGCCCUUCAUGUCCUUGGGUAUCUCCAUCAUGAUCAAGAAACCCACAAAGUCCAAACCUGGAGUGUUCUCCUUCCUGGACCCCCUGGCUUAUGAGAUCUGGAUGUGCAUCGUGUUUGCCUACAUUGGCGUCAGCGUGGUGCUCUUCCUUGUCAGUCGCUUCAGCCCAUAUGAGUGGCACGCGGACGACUACGAGGAAGGAGGCGAGCCGCAGAGCCCCACUCAGGCGGCGGCCUCCAAUGGCUUGCAGCAGAGCCAGACCACCACGCAGCAGAACACCAACCAGCAAAGCGCCGAGCAGACCAAUGAGUUUGGGAUUUUCAACUCCUUGUGGUUCUCGCUGGGCGCCUUCAUGCAGCAAGGCUGUGAUAUCUCCCCACGCUCCCUUUCAGGUCGAAUUGUUGGAGGAGUGUGGUGGUUCUUUACCCUCAUCAUCAUCUCAUCCUAUACCGCCAACUUGGCUGCCUUCCUGACAGUGGAGAGAAUGGUGUCUCCUAUAGAGAGUGCUGAAGAUUUGGCCAAGCAAACAGAGAUUGCCUAUGGAACGCUGGAUGCUGGCUCUACUAAAGAGUUUUUCAGGAGGUCAAAAAUUGCCGUGUUUGAGAAGAUGUGGUCGUACAUGAAGGCCGCCGACCCGUCUGUGUUUGUCAAGACCACAGACGAGGGCGUAAUAAGGGUGAGAAAAUCCAAGGGAAAGUAUGCUUACCUGCUGGAAUCCACAAUGAAUGAGUACAUAGAGCAGAGGAAACCCUGCGACACAAUGAAAGUGGGAGGAAAUCUGGACUCCAAAGGUUACGGCAUCGCCACCCCCAAAGGCUCCCCCCUCAGAAUCCCAGUAAACCUAGCGGUGUUGAAACUCAAUGAGCAAGCCGUCUUAGACAAACUGAAAAACAAAUGGUGGUACGAUAAAGGGGAGUGUGGCAGCAAGGACUCCGGAAGAAAGGACAAGACGAGCGCUCUGAGCCUCAGCAACGUGGCCGGAGUCUUCUACAUCCUGAUCGGCGGCCUGGGCCUGGCCAUGCUAGUGGCCCUGGUGGAGUUCUGCUACAAGUCCAGGACCGAGUCACGUCGAAUGAAGCAAUCCAUCAAUGACGCCAUGCGCUGUUCCACCCUGACCAGAAUGAGCGGUAACGGGAGCGGAGGAGAGAACGGACGCCUCCUCACCCACGACUUCCCCAAAACCAUUCAGACACUGCCGUGCAUGAGCCACACUGCCAGCAUGGGACUGGGUGCCUCUGGCAUGUGAUCACAAUACUGCGUUUUGGAGAAGGGGAGGGGCAGGAAGGAAGUAAGCAGGGUGGGACAGGACUAAUGACUCCAAAAAAACUAAACAAAAAAAAAACAAAAAAAACAAUGGCUCUGUGGUUUGACCCAUCUAUUCUUCUGGCUGUGGCCGACUGGAACGAGAUUUAACUUACUGCCAAAAUGCACUCUUCAAACACAAGACUUUUUUUUUUAAAUAUGUGGGUAUUGGCAAUGUAAAAAAAAAAAAAAAAAAAAAAAAAAAGAAGGGAAGUGAGCUGCAAUAAAAAGUCCGGGUGUGUUUUUUUUUUUUUCUUUUUUCAAAAAACAAAACAAAAAAACCCUCAUCCUUAAGUGUGACGCCUGUGUUGUGCCAUUUUGAUGGAGUUGUCAGUCUGCAUGUGCAAAAUGUUCACCUCAACUGCUGACCUUGUACUACCUAGAAGCUUUCUGGUGGCUGACGGUGUCUUUGCACAGACAACAAUGUUUUGUUGUUUUCUUCUCACUCUUGCCAUGUUGGGAGGACCAAGUGCUCUGUGUAGCAUAGCCAGUUUUCUAGUCCAUGGGUUUGCACUGCUGUAUUAUAAUGUGAAAAAAAGUGUGGUUGGUUUGAGUCACUCUCGGUUGAAGGCUGGUGUUUGGGCCAGAACGUGCAUUGCUGCUACACCUCAUGGAACACGCCAUGCCUUGUCUUUGUGCCAUUGCACCGUUAUUUGUAUGCACACACAGUUUUUUCCUUUUUUAAAACAAUGUGUGCGAUUAUAGAAAAGGCGCAAAAUAGUGGCUUACACUGCAUCCUGCUGCUACGGCCUUCCCAGGACACCCACUGCUAUAUUCGGAAAUCUAGUAGCAGUACACGUGGAAUAAGAAAGAUUGGCUCCUUUAGAAAAAAAAGCAAAUGAUAAUGUUCCCGGGGAAAUAUUGUUAAAGCGGUUGCUCUUAUCCAUUCUGUGAUGUAUUUUGCGCUGUAUUCAAUUCUAAUUAAAUGGCCGGUGCCGCUAUUCACACAUCAUUUCCUGAGAGAGACAUAUCACUUGUGCUUUGUGCACCGCUUUCAAGUCUUACCAUGUAAAAUACAGGAAAUGUUGUUUUUUUUGGGGAUUAGUAAACAUUCCAAUGCCGUUAGUUGACUGGUUGGAUUCAAAAUAUGUUGUAAUGUCCAUUUUGAAAACAAAAAAAUUAGUACAAUUUAAAGUUUUGUGCAAUCUAAUAUUACAUUCUACUAAUUGGAAAUGUAUUUAUUGUCUUUAUGAUUAGACAAAGGGUAACACUUUAGUAUGGGGAACACAUAUUCAUCAUUAAUUUGUUGCUUAUUAACAUGGAAAUUAGUAACAUAUUGGCUCUUAAUUAGUCAUUAUUAUCCAUCCAUCCAUCUUUUUCCGCUUAUCCGAGGUCGGGUCCCGGGGGCAGCAGCCUAAGCAGGGAAGCCAAGACUUCCCUCUCCCCACCCAGCCACUUCGUCCAGCUCUUCCUGGGGGAUCCUGAGGCGUUCCCAGGCCAGCCGGGAGACAUAGUCUUCCCAACGUGUCCUGGGUCUUCCCCGUGGACUCCUACCGGUCGGACGUGCCCUAAACACCUCCCUAGGGAGGCGUUCGGUUGGCAUCCUGACCAGAUGCCCGAACCACCUCAUCUGGCUCCUCUCGAUGUGGAGGAGCAGCGGCUUUAAUUUCAGCUCCCCCCGGAUGGCAGAGCUUCUCACCCCAUCUCUAAGGGAGAGCCCCGCCACCCGGCGGUGGAAACUCUUUUCGGCCGCUUGUACCCGUGAUCUUGUCCUUUCGGUCAUAACCCAAAGCUCAUGACAAUAGGUGAGGAUGGGAACGUAGAUCGACUGGUAAAUUGAGAGCUUCGCCUUCCGGCUCAGCUCCUUCUUCACCACAACGGAUCGAUACAGCGUCCGCAUUACUGAAGAUCCGCCUGUCGAUCUCACCAUCCACUCUUCCCUCACUCGUGAACAAGACUCCGAGGUACUUGAACUCCUCCACUUGGGGCAGGGUCUCCUCCGCAACCCGGAGAUGGCACUCCACCCUUUUCCGGGCGAGAACCAUGGACUCGGACUUGGAGGUGCUGAUUCUCAUCCCAGCCGCUUCACACUCAGCUGCGAACCGAUCCAGUGAGAGCUGAAGAUCCUGGCCAGAUGAAGCCAUCAGGACCACAUCAUCUGCAAAAAGCAGAGACCUAAUCCCGCAGCCACCAAACCGGAUCCCCUCAACGCCUUGACUGCGCCUAGAAAUUCUGUCCAUAAAAGUUAUGGUCAUUAUUAAGUACUUAUUAAUGCCUAUUUCUGCAUGGCCUUAUUAUACAACCAGUAAGUCAUUAACUAAGAGUCUUCCCUCAAUAACCUCAGAAUUAUUGCUUAUUAGUAACCCUAACCCUUAUAUGUUCCCCCAGUGUCCAAAUAACUCUAAAUUAAGUCUUUGUUACUUUAACAAGCAACUCAUUAAUGGUGAAUAUGUUCCCCAUACUAAAGUGUUACCAAAAAAAGUAUUGACUUAAUAUUAGGGUUGUCAAAAAUAACGAGCUAACUCAUGAGAUUAAUCACAACAAAUGAUCGCAAUAAUCAUGAGUACAAUCGUCCCUUCACCACAUUGCAGAUUUUUCGGAGGAUAUUUUUUAAGCAUAUUCUACAUUAGUGUCCUAAAUUCACCAGGUUCAGGCAAAA